GGAAGAAGGCACUGUGCGGUGAGUGGGAUCGGGAAAUGGGGCAAGAGCAUCAUGAAGCGACGGAGGGGUUGGUGAGGCUGCUGACGAAAGCGAACCACGAUCUGACAGUGGUUCAGCACAGGCUCGACAAGGAGUUUCAGCAAAUCUAUCCCCAAAAUGCAAACCCGAUGAAGCUGGUUUCUAGAAUUAAGAAAAUUCAGCAAGACUUGUCCACUUUGGAAGACCAGUGCCGUCAACUUCUAACAGCCAAGCAGGAUUUGAUUGACAAGGCUAGGACCACUCUCGUCGGGAACAGAAAUCUAGUGCAGCGGAUGGAGGCAUCCAUGGGCAUUUCCCCCAAUACUGAUUCUGAUGAUUCUGCUUUCGCCAACUUCAAUCAGAUCAUCGAUGAGUGGAAGGUUCAAGCUAGAUCAAAAGCAGGUGAUGAAAUAGAUACAGAUGUGCAUGAUAUCAAUACGUUACUAUUUUCAACCAUAGUUUCAAGCAACUGAAGAUGCUGAGCAACUUUGAUGAUCGAAGGCUUUGGGAAACACACAUUAUCUCAAGCUCCUGAGAGUAAUGGAACUGAUGACUUCUCAAUUUCUGUACCUUGCUAAUUUUGGUAUUGCGUUGUAGUGGGAGAAAAAGCUUACUUUCUUGUGGCAAGCUAUAUGACGGCCAAUUUAUGUUUCAAGUGUGAAUCUGACUCGUUGGUAUUGCCUCAAAAGCAUGUUGAUUUCAAACACAUGUUUCUAGUGUGAAUCUGACUCGAAUGAUUUGUGCA